GUGACCUUUGAGGAUCGACGCCUUCUUGGCCACCACGUGGACAGGAAUGCUGCCUCUCCCUUGUGCUACUCGAGAGACGAAUGUACUCGCCUGGCUGCCCUGGUGUACGGAGUGCUACACUUGAUUCGCACGGGAGUUCUUGAUCCAGACCUCCCAAGGGUGAUGCGAUUGAAGGCCCUUGUGGAGCAGGGCGAGACCUUGGAUCGCCACACAGUGGUCGAUCAUGAUGAGCCGGUCUCAGAGGUUGGCUCUGAGGAUUGUGCCUCCGAAGACCUGGAGGACGAACUGGACGAUCUAAGUUCCAAUCUGCCUGGGUUGCCACCACCAUCGGCCCAGGAUGAAGAGGUUGUGAAGCAUGUCCUUUCAGGCGUUUUGCAUUUCAAAGUUUCCGGGGACCGCUUAAAGGAUAAAGCCAAAGCUUAUGGCCUUCCGGAGGCCACCACUGCCCUUCUGGUUAAUAAUGGUGUCAACACACUGGGCAAGCUCGCUUUCGUGUCAGCAUACCAACCAGGGAUGGCAGAUGAAGCUCCUCUUUUCACUGCGUUAGAAGAGGUGAUGGGCCGCGGACCAACUGCUGCGGAGAAGCCCAUCUUGCGAAGGCUUUAUUUUGAAGCAAAUACAGUGUGCCUCGCAGACAUGCGCGCGCGCAUCGAACGCACGGAUGCCUCUGAGCCACGCAAGCUCCCAAUGGCCGAGCGGUCUUCCCGAGCUGAGUUGCAGAAAACCCGGCUCGAAGGGGUGGUUAUGACUCUGGACAAUGAGCCUUCUCAUGCUCUCGUUGACCGCAUCUUUCAGCAGCAGGAUGAUGGAUGCAUAUCUUGGAUCCCUUGGGGGCAGCUCACCUCUCGAUCUCAAGAAGCGGUGCAAAUCAAGAAGGUCAUCAGCUUUGCCCUCGAUGCCAGCGGGGGCCUCAAGGCGCGUGCCCAGGAGGACCACUUGGAGGCCCGCUUGGUAGGAGACGCUCGUCUUCGUCAGGCAUUGCAGAGGAGAGCCUUGGCCUACGAUUUAUCGAGGAUGAUCGACUACAAGACCCUCGAGACCUGGACCGAAACUUUGUUUGCCGAAAUGAUGCGAGAUCCCCCAAAGGGCUACCGAACUGUCACUGUUCAGCAGGUGCAAGAGGCAGACAAACGCCUUUGGCAGCUGGUGAGUGAGCAGACGCGUGGCAAUGUCAGCAUGCAAGCCGACAACAGCAAGCCGGUCGACGCCGCCAUCAAGCUGUACAUGGAGCGCACAGAAGUGCGGUUGCUCUUGCAGCCACUUCCUGCCGCAUCGGGGUGUUCGGCCUUCACCGAUGCUAACAAGCCUUGCUGCCGCAACUUCAAUACCAAGGGAUGCGACGGGGGCACAGCCUUUUCCU